AUGUCAGGCAAUCGAUACUUGAAUUACAUCGCGGUGUCGGCGGCUGAGAUCCCCGGGUACUGGACAGCCGUGCUGCUGAUGGGCAGGAUCGGCAGGAAGCCCGUACUUAGUGGAGCCUUCUGGGUCUGCGCGGCUUGCCAGAUUGGGUAUAUUUUCAUGCCGGAAGAUUUGUACGCCGUGUCCCUGGCGGUAUACCUCGUCGGCAAGUUCAGCAUAGCGAUGGUGAUGACCUCAGUGUACGUGUACACCGCGGAACUGUACCCGACUAAAUACCGUCACAGUCUCUUCGCCUUCUCCUCCAUGAUGGGAAGGAUCGGCUCCAUCCUUGCUCCACUGACUCCCGCCUUUGGUGCAGCGGUGUGGGAUGACUUGCCCUUCGCUCUGUUCGCUGGGUUCGCUCUCCUAUCCGGGAGCUUGGUCCUCAUCACGCCCGAGACCCUGGGCUCAAAGCUUCCCGACACAAUGGAGGAAGCGGAACAAAUCGGCAGGAAGCAGUCG